UUCGGGUGCGGGGUCGACUGACAGCCGAACCGUACUUCAGUCGGCCGGCGAACUCGCGUGCCGAGCCUUCGCGUCCGCUGACGUUCCUCCCUCUUUCUCUCUCUUCCUCUGUCUCUCUUUUUCUCGUCGUCCGCCCCCCGGUACAUCCGGUGAACACUCGCGACAUACCGGCGCGUACCGACGCCGAGGACGUUCCGCCCCGAUCCUGCCGAUUUACGUCCUGGUCGUCCGACGUUCGCGAACCGAGAGUUCACCCCUCGAGAGAUGAAGAGACCUCCGGGUGAUCCGUCCUAAGAUGGAUCGUGGAUACUGAUACGGAGAGCGAACCCCUUUUCUGGAAUAAGGAUAUUUUUUUGCCGCGAUGCACGCGUUCGAUGGCCGUCCUCGCGGAGGCCUGACGAUCUGAAUUGGCCUGGUGACUAGUGAACGAAGUGAGGUUCGAGGAAGUGAGUGCAGUGCGCGCGCGAUGUUCAACUCGUUGGGCGGUACUUGAAAAUACCUCCAGGAACACGACUCGUAGUCGAUCGAAUAUCUAUGCCGAACGUAAAUAUUUCCGCGAGGCUCCGUUCAAUUACUCAGAAUCAGCCGUCGUAGAAUACUGGAAUCAUGCAUUAGAUACCACCGAGACUUGUCAGGUAUAGUAAAGUUUUUCCUGAUUUCUCGCACGGCAUCGCGUGCGUCCGAUUGAUUCGACAUAUCAACGACUCGAGGAAGUAUCAUUAAAGGUUAGGAUCGUGCAAUUUGUCAGGGUUUAUCAGGAAGCGGAUAAUUGGCGAACCUUUGCGAAGAACAUAUCAAUGACCCAAGUGAAGUAGAAAAGUUGCUCAUCACGACCCGCCAAGCUCGGUCACGUACGAGAUUAAGCAAGAUCCCGGUCAGCAAGUCCAAAACGCUGUACGUGACGAGUCAUCUGUGAAAGCAUAUCAGUGAAAUAUAUAUGAAAUAGCAGUGAAGCAGUGCAUCACGAUCCACCGAGAUUCGUCACGUAUCGUAUUAAUAAAAUUCUUGAUGGAAACCUCCGGCUGCGACAAAUCGUUCGGAAAACGUAUCUUUGACUUAGGAAACUCCGGCGAGAGCGCGGAGGAGGAUCACGGUGAACGGAUUGGAGUAAAAUCCUGCGAUGGUGACACGAGACGUGCGUGACAAAAUCGUUCGACGGCGUAUCCGCAAACGUAUCCACGAGUCGCUUUCUCUCUUUACAAUCGAGCAACAUAUCAUCUCCGCGUCGCGAGAAAUAUAAUACAGCGUCGCGCGAGUCUCGCGAGCUUUACGAGCGCGUGGGAUCGAUAGUCGUCGCGAUAGCCAUCGUUUUCCGACGGUCUGCAUUGUUUCACUGGCUGGAGAAAAAAAAUAUGCCGUCUCCCGGCUUGAGUACGCGGCGCCCUGACGCGGCCUGUGUAAUUGCAAGUGGUAAAAGCGAUCAUUAGUCCGCCCGGCCCGACGUGCGACGCGAUGCGACUUAACGAGUGCCGCAGAUAAGACUCGACAUUUUUCCUCACGGUAUACACGGUACGAUUUCGGUUCUUGUCGCACAUCGCAAGGGACCGCUAUCGAUUGGAAUCCAAUCUUUGCCCCGAGUACCGCCGACGAAACGUUCGACUGAACGAGACUACGAGGAUGGAAGCUCAUUAAUUAAAGGCCAACAGGAGUCGGGAGUGCGAGCCACCAGAUAUAAUAAUGUUCACCUACUAACUUUGCGAAGAACCCGCUACUAACACAAAAAUGCGCUCUUAACUAAUCGCCACAGAUUUCCAUUAUCGUCGUAAGCGCUAUCGUCCUCGGGCCGUAGCGCGGUCGUCCCGCGGAACGAUCAUGCGAAUCCCCGAAAAUGCGCAGGACCAACAGCAACGGCCUCAAACUCGACCUGACGGAGAAUACGCCAGGUAGCUCGUUGUCGCGGCUGCCGAAUCUGGUCGAACAUGCGGAGACCUGUCAGGCAUUGUCUGCCGGAACCGGUGAGAAUUUGAGCAGCAAAUUGCCUAACGUGGUCGAGGGCUCGAUGGACUAUGGUAGCGAGCGAAGGUCCUCCCGUUAUCUGGAGUACCAAGAGAUUAAGUCCUACCAGGACCCCCAGUCGUCCGCCUCGGCGGCGCCGGCCUAUGAGGGGACUUAUCACGAUCAAUCGAGAAGCUACCGAAACUAUGAUCGUAAGGGAGGCGUCGGUUUCGACCGGGAGAACCUCGAGAGGUACGACAAUAGAAUCUACCCGGAGGACGGGCUAAGAUACGGUGCCGAUCGCCGCGUGGAUCAGCGCACCUAUCAAGAAUCGGAUCUGGACGCGCCUUACGAUCGAAACGACGCGCAAAAGCUCAGCCGAGCUUACCCGGAACUUCAAGAUCCCAGCAGGCGCUACUCGCGUGAUCUGACCGAUUAUGACUACGCGUCGCGUUACGCCGAGGAGACGCUGAAGCUGGAGCCCAAGAAAGAUCACCAUCACCAUCAUCAUCCGGGUAAAAUCUACGAGUCGGCUGCCUCCAAAGGUUAUGAGUCAGGUGUAAAGACUCAUGAUUCCGCUUAUGAUCUGGGCACCUGUUCCGGACAACAGGAGCCGCCAGCUAGGCAGUAUGAAAGCAAGUAUCAUUCGGUCAGCAAGAUGUACGGCACCCUGCCUAGGUACGAAAGCAGCAAGUCCUACGAGCCGACUUACGAGUCCAGGUCAACUUACGAGCCCAAGUACGACGAGCAGUCGUACGAGUGUGGCGGUAAGACGUACGAGUCUAAAUACGAGCUGACGAGCUCGAAGAGCUAUGAAAGGGCCAAGUACGAAGGCACCUCGUCAACCAGAUAUCAGGAUAAGUCGUAUGAUCAGACCUUGAAAAUUGGCGAACUGGGCUCGUCCUCCUCCGGCGCAUAUGUCAGGAAGCAUCAAGAUCAGGAAGAGACUGGUGCAGAGAAGAUGAAUGGAUAUAGGAAGAAUAAUUUCGAGGCUUAUGGAGUUUACUCAGAUCCUGAGGACGAUCAUGGCUUCCUGGCAGAUAAGAAGACGCCCCAAUAUACUUACAAGGGCGUUGUGGUGAACGUUAGCGGAGAGUCCGCGGUAGUCGAUCAGAAACGAUCCAAGGACAACAGGCAAACGGAAGUAAUCAGAAGUCCUUGGUGCAGGCCGACCAUACUGUUACUUCUAUUGGUGCUUCUGGUUGUCAUCUUUGUCUUCGUCGCUGGAAUACUCUUGUACUUUAAUUACAUGUCCUACAAGCCGCGCCAUCCCAUUAUCGAGGGUAAGGAUCAAAAUUUCGCCAAUAAUAACGCGGAACCUUGCGAGAAGACCUAUUGCGCUUGGGGCGCGACGUGCAUCGUGUCCGAAAACGGCAAGGGUCUGUGUCAAUGCCCUAAGGAUUGUCCUUUGACUUCCGAUCUCGUCUGCGGCUCGGACGACGUGACCUACACGAGCUAUUGUCACCUGCGGCAAGCCAGCUGCCAAAACAGGAAGAACAUAAGGGUGAAACAUCAAGGCGCGUGCGAAAUCAAGGAUCCAUGCGAGAAACUAAACUGCUCGCAAGGCUCGCAGUGUGUGCGAAGCAGAGAUGGCAAGGAGGCGACCUGCCAAUGCCUGGAAUCUUGCCCAAAUUUGGGAGAUCACGAGGGAUCGGGACCUGUCUGCGGCACGGACGGGAUCGACUAUCCGACGCUGUGCGACCUAAAUCGAGCCGCUUGUGCGAAAGGUGCCAACAUCACCGUGGCAUUUCGUGGCAAAUGCGAUCCUUGCGCAAGUACCACAUGUGUAGAACCGGAAAUCUGUCAGUUGGACGAUUCGAGACAACCAGUCUGUCGUUGCGGGGAACAAUGCGGACUCGAGCUCUCACCAGUUUGUGGAAGUGAUGGCAAAACAUAUUCGAACGAGUGUAAUCUUCGACAGGAAGCUUGCCGAUCCAGAUUACCGCUCAAGAAAAUCUACAACGGCGCUUGCAGCUCCGGACAAAAUCCCUGCGAAGCGGUGAAAUGCAACUUCCACGAACAGUGUACGAUCAAUCGGCAAGGAAUCGCUAACUGCGAAUGUCGUCCCGAGUGCGAGCCGAUAAUGAGGCCCGUUUGCGCUCGCGGCGGAAAGACCUACACGUCCAUGUGCGAGCUGAAGAGGCAGGCCUGUCUAACGAGGAGCAACAUCGAAGUCGCCUACGUCGGCACAUGCGGCUCCAGAGGACCCUGCUCCGAGAAGGUGUGUCAAUGGGGCGCAAUUUGCGCGGAGAACGGCGGCAAUGCUGUGUGCGAAUGUCCAACUUGUCCGGCAGAAUUUCAACCCGUGUGCGGCGAUGAUGGCAUCAGCUAUAGCAACGAGUGCAAGCUUCACCUGGAGGCAUGUCAAUAUCGACGGGAGAUACGCGUUCUGUACCGAGGAUUGUGCAAUGGCUGCGAGAAAAAGAAGUGUGAAUUUUACGGCAAAUGCGAAAGCGACAAUGGCGGAGAAGCGAAAUGCGUCUGUCCGUCGAACUGCGAAACUUCGGUGAAGGAACCAGCGGGAGCAGAAAAGGUUUGCGGAUCUGAUGGAGUGACGUACGAUAACGAAUGCGCUUUGAAAAGGGCAUCAUGCAAAAGCGAAACCCUCAUCACCGUUAGCUACGUAGGUGACUGCGAAAUGUGCGCGAGAGUAAAAUGCGAUCACGGGGCGCAUUGCGUGGCGGGUGUGUGCGUGUGCCCGAAAGUCUGUCCGGAAAGCAGCGGCGAACUCGUUUGCGGUAGCGACGCGAAAACUUAUCAGUCCGAGUGCGAGCUGCAGCGGGCGGCCUGCGGCAGGGAUCCCAAGUUGCCGGCGUUGCACGUCACAUUUUAUGGAGACUGCACCGACAGAUUGGCCGCAGCAGCGUUGACAACCAAGUCGACGCCCGCGGUGACUCGCGUGGCCACCACCAUCGCAGACGUGACUAGCACGCAGGAGCGCGAGGCGUGCAAGGAUAUUCACUGUGACUUCGAGGCGACCUGCGAACUCGGCCCGGACAAGUUUCCCAGGUGCAGCUGCAGGUUUGACUGCGCCUCCAUCUCACAGGAGAACUUGCGGUCCGUCUGCGGCAGCGACCUCAAGAUGUACUCCUCCCUUUGCGCCAUGAAGAUGGAGGCUUGCCAGAGACAACAGGAGCUGAGGCUGCGGCCUCUCGAUCUCUGCCAAGGUAUGGAAGUCAAGCCUUGCAACGGUGAUCCUCCGUUGGUGGACUCCGAGGGCAAAGAGUACGACUGCGGUAGUGGACCAGAACGCAAAGACUGUCCUAGCAAUAGUUAUUGCCAUCAGACAAUGCGGUUCGCUCGCUGCUGCAAGAAAGUUCACGGUAUCCAGGUGGUAAAAUGCGCGGACUCGUGGCACGGCUGCUGUCCGGACGGGAAAACCGCCGCGCUCGGUCCAGACGGUGCGGGCUGCCCGAGUUUAUGCGGUUGCAACCGCCUUGGCAGCGUGUCCGACACCUGUAACCCGGAAACCGGUCAAUGCGAGUGCAGGCCGGGUGUAGGCGGACUCAAGUGCGAUAGGUGUAUGCCGGGUUACUGGGGAUUGCCGAAGAUAAGCGAGGGUCAUCAAGGAUGCAUACCGUGCGGCUGUUCGCUAUUCGGUUCCGUCAGAGAGGACUGCGAACAAAUGACAGGACGUUGCGUCUGUAAGCCUGAUAUCCAGGGACAGAAGUGCACGAUUUGCAAUGACCAUAACAAGAUACUCACGUCUACCGGCUGUUACUCAGCGGACAUGAUACCGCCCGUACCGAUGACCUGCAACGAGCUGGAGUGCUACUCGGGCGGCCACUGCACGGAGAUCGGCGGCGUGCAUUGCGUCUGUCCGUCCGCCUGCCCGGCGGACGUGCCGUCCGUGCCGGUGUGCGGCAGCGACGGGCAGACCUACGACAACGAGUGCGAGCUGCGGCUCUACGCGUGCCGUCACCAGGCCGACGUGGUCACUCAGGCCUUCGGCCACUGCAGAGACGAUCCUAUGGUUAACACGGACUUCCCCGUUAAGAGAUACACAGCUGUACAGUACACUCAACCAGCGGCCGCCAUUUCUCCAUUGUCCAAAUCCACACGGCAUCUCUUGGUACCGGAGCCGGACCCACGAUAUUAUUACACCCACCGAGCUCAUCAAGAAACCAUCACCAUCGACAGAGAUAACUUAAAACAUGGAGUGGCCGCGGCGUAUCGACCGACGCCGGCGACGAUUCGAGUGGUCACCGCUCUUCUAGGUGAUCUUUGCACCGAUGACAAGGAUUGCACUAUUCCGAACAGCGAAUGUUCAAACGGCGGCUGUAUCUGUUCCGAGGGCUACGCGGAAACCAGCGAUCGACAAGAAUGUUUCGCCAAUUAUGUGCCGGUGACGCCGACCGAGGAAUUUCGCGCGUGUCUCUCUUAUCCUUGCCAUAUGACCUCGACCUGCAUCGACUUACCCAGCUCAACUUUCGUCUGUAUCUGUCGACCAAAUUACACCGGGCUGCUGUGCGACGAGGAGAUCAACAAGCGGGAUUACGAGAUACCUUCCUUUGACGGCAAAAGCUACGUCAGGAUGAAUCGGCUGAAAGCGUAUCACAAAUUCAGCAUCGAGGUUGAGUUCAAAACGUACGCAGACAACGGAAUUAUACUGUACAAUCAGCAGAAAAACGAUGGCACCGGCGACUUUGUCUCGCUGGCCAUUGUCGAUGGAUAUGUACAGUUUAGAUAUAACUUGGGAAAUGGACCCGUGGUGCUCACGUCACCGGAAAAGGUGACCAUGAAGACCUUCCACAGAGUAGCGGCUAAGAGGUACCAUAAGGACGGUGUACUGAUUUUUAAUGACGGUGAAGACGUGGCUGGACAAAGUCAGGGAAUGCUGAAGUCUUUGGACUUGAAUCAAGACACCUUCAUCGGAAAUAUGCCGACCAAUUACACUAAGGUCUACGAUAACAUCGGCACCAAUCAUGGUCUUCUGGGCUGUAUACGCAAGUUGAAGAUCAAUCGGAUCAAUGUAGAUCUCCACAUGGGCUGGGACAAAGACGUUCUCGAGAGUUAUCGUGUGAAGGAAUGCGGUGAUAACGCAUGCGCCAAUUUGCCCUGUCAGAAUGGCGCAACCUGCCAACCGAUCUUCGAGGAGGACCUGUGCAACGGCCGGGAUUGCAGAAGAAUGCAGAAAAGGGGUAAAAACAGAAAUAACAGAGGCAACAAAAGUACCGGGGUAAAUAUAGUUAGAUGCAGAGGUUCGCAUUGCACGUCGAUCGAUCAGAAAAGGAUCAAGAAGAACACGAAAAGGCGCUGCGUUACCAACAAGUGCGAUUACGAUUACGAACUUGAAUACGAGAACAAUUAUGAUCAUGGCAAUUAUGCGGUGGAGAAAUACGAACCACCGGAGUACAGAUGCAUAUGUCCACCACAAUUCACCGGUAGGAAUUGCGAGGAAUCGCUGGACCCGUGCAUCGGCGAGCCUUGCCAGCACGGUGCCACUUGUGACAUUCUUCCACAGGGAGGAUACGUGUGCAAGUGUCCACCCGGUAGAACUGGCGGACACUGUGAAAUCCUGGAUGCUGAACUGACAGAAUUAUUGAUCCCCGAGAUGAAUGGGAAUGGAUAUCUGGAGCUACCCUGCCUGGAAGGCGUCGCGAAAGCGUUCUCCAUCGAAUUAUGGUUCCUCACGCGCGCAAAUGACGGUCUUCUGCUCUAUAACGGGCAGCUGAAUAACGGCAGGGGUGACUUCAUUAGUCUGAACCUCGUUCACGGCAGGCUAGAGUUUAGGUUCAAUCUCGGUAGCGGUAUCGCGAACAUCACGUCGCCGGAUCCCGUCAGUAAAGACAUGUGGCACUGUGUGAGGAUCAACAGACUCGGCAGAGAGGGUGUUCUUCAGCUCGACGAUGGAACCGUCGCCAGAGGAUUAUCCGGGAGUCCUCUUACGGAAUUGAAUCUGGAAAUGCCACUUUACGUCGGUGGCGUCAAACAUUGGCGAGAAGUUCAUCGCCUCUCUGGAGCCUGGACCGGAUUAGUAGGCGCUGUGCAAAGGCUAAUGGUAAAUGGCAAGACGUAUCAAAAUCUCGCCGUGAACGUUACUCAACACAACACGGAAAUUUACGAUGGUCUACCGUGUCCCAGUAACGAGAAUCCUUGCCAUAAUGGCGGAGUCUGCCUUCCACUUCUGAACAGUUAUCUCUGCAAAUGCGCCAGUGGUUACAACGGCUUACAUUGCGAAUUCUUUACGGGUUACGACGUAUCCGGUACCGAGAUAUCAGAGCGACCUGUACGUUUCGAGGGCGAUAACUUCCUGCAAUUUAAGCAUCGUUACGGAAGAAGUACUAACUCGACUAACACUACCCUCGGCGAGUACUUUGAAGAGUCCGACUCCGACUACGACUUAGAGGAGGACGUCGACUACGAAUACGACAGUUAUGAUUACACGGAACGCAGGGGACAGCAGUCGAACAAAUUCGAGCUGCGGCUAAGGACGAUACAUUCUGAAGGUCUUAUCGCAUGGGUGGGAAGAGGCAAGAUGGAGCACCUCUUUUUAUCUUUACGUGGCGGUCACGUGGUGCUCACUUAUAAGAGCAAAAUGGAUGAGGAGGUAUCCGUUAAAAGCAAGGAGAGAGUGGACGAUGGAGUCUUCCAUCACAUCCGAGCGUCUCGACGACGAAAAGCAUGUACGAUUCAGAUCGACGAACACAUGCCGAUCAAGAUCUCGACAGAAACGACAUUGCUGACGACCAACGGCAAGAUUUUCGUCGGCGGCAAGCCUGGUCAUCGCGGUAUCAAGGGCUGCGUGACGGACUUCAUCGUCGACAAACGACGGCUGCAGCUCGCCAGACGGAAGAUCGACUUCUGCCACGACAACGACGUAUGAUAACGAACCCCGAGUCCGACGAUUGUCAACGCGACGUCGAUAUCAGAGAACCUCGUCGAUCCGACGUCAAUCCUGUCGUUGUCGACGACGAGUUGAUUGCGCGACAAGAACGCGAGCCUUCACGCGUGAAUCGGUCGCACGCGUCGGACCAAGAUCGACGAUCGCCUAAAUAUCGAUAACGACGAAUACGAUAACGUAUCCUGACGAUCGUCAAUCCCAGCCCAAUUAGAGACUCAGCAGGCGUCUCUGGUGUUUCUAGCGAAUUAACAUAAAUUGAACGCGAAGUGCAAAAAUCGCCGUCGAGACCAAGUGUGCAAGAACCGUGUCCAAUCCUGCCAAAGUUCCGCGAAGUUAUGGUUACCUCGCCCGCGCGAAUCGCACUGACUACAGUGCGUAUCUAGAGAAAAAGCAAAGCCUCAUCUAACAGUAAACUAUUUUCUCGAAGAGACAGAAAUUCUUACGAUAAGAAAUGUCAAGGAAAUGUCAGAGAUCUGUCCCGCUUGGAGAGAAAAGCUCUGAUGUUCAUUUUUGUACAUUUUUUGUAAGAUAACUGUCUUAACGAGAUUAGCAUAGUCUAGAAGUCCCAUUCUCAAGGAUGCAAGAUAGAUUUUGGGAGACUCAAUCAAUAAGAAAUAAAACUAUUAAGUCUAAACAGCAUUAUAUCCCUGAGAUGGAGAUAAUAAUAAAUCCAGGAUUAUAAGCAGCAAUGGCAUUAUUCGUUCAAAGCUUAAAUAUCUGAGUGGAGGUCGAGGCAGAAUGAGAACCAAAACACUUCCCUUUCAGAAUGCACGGUUAAGAAGACAUUGCCUAAAAUCGGGACCGUGACUCAUUAUCGCACGUGAAAAGUGCGAACACUUCUAAAAGUUUACCGGCGUAUUGUAGAAACUUCGCGAGUACUGCUUUCUAGGGCCAUCCAAUAAAUAAGUAAUAAGGGAUAAGGAAAGAAGUACUCAAAUUGUAGUAGCAGCAUUUGAUCAUUCAUUAAUCAUAAGCCGACCACAAUAUCGAGGUUCAAAUGUAGAGGAGAGCGUGAAUCGGUCGCCUCGCGAUUAUUUAUAUCGUUCGGAGAUCCCCGAUAAUUGAGAUCACCAUCGCGUGGGCGGACGAAGGACACGGAAGGAAGAGGAGGAGAAGGAGGAAGAGGAGGAGGAGGAGGAGGAGAGGCAAAGCGAACGGCAAAUUAAGUGCUACGUUUUCAUCGAAAGACAAUAAUAUAUUUUUAAGGUGAUGAAAUUAAUAUACAUAUUGAAUACAUAUGUGUAUGUAUGAAUCUAUCUGUAUACGUAUAUGUGGCGCGAGCGGCGCAAAUUUAUCGAAGGAGAAGAGGAAGAGUGGAGGUCGCUCAAAGCAGACCUCGUUAUAAAAUCUGUACUUAUAAGUUGUACUUAAAGCACCUAAGCGUUUUACGAUGCCAAGACUGACUAAAGCGACAGGCGGACGCGGGCGGCGAGAAGCGACGACGACGACACGAAA